AUGGUUCUUGGUACUGCCCGCCCGUACAACAAUAUCGAGGAUUCAAUGUUCUUUUUGGUUAUUCUCCAUGGGUUCUGGAAAUUGGUGUACUUGAGCGGAGUUUCUCGACUGUUUCCCUGUCUGGAGAUCCUCGGGCGGGGACGUGCGUCGGCACCAUUAAUUCAUCUGUCGGUGGUUGAGCCGCACAUGUUCGAAUAUAUAUCUCGUCACAUCUUCUCGGGUCCGGGCAGGUGUAGGAGUAUGUCGAAACCUGCACCGGUCGGUGAUCGGGGCUCGGGCAUGGGGUAG